UUUCCGGUCGACGCUGACCGCAGGUUACUGGUCUCCCGACUCGCACCCGUACGCGUGUACGUUUUUUUUGUCCCGGUCCACUUUCGUCGCGAAAUUGACGUUGACUUUGUGGAGCAGUGCGAAAAAAAGGAGUUGCGGGCGAAAGCGUUUUCGGCGAAAGUGCGAGCUUCCGACAGUUCCCGGCUCCUCCCGCUGUUGAAUCGGCGUUUUUCUGCUCGUGCGAUUUGAGCCAGGAAUGGGCGCUUGAGUGUCCACCGUUCGUCCGAUUUUGAGAUGGCGAGCCCCAUGGAACGUGGACUAACCAGCCUUCUCCACUCGAUUUUGGUCAAGCAGCAGACGCGACACGGUCUUCAAGUCCAUCGCAGGAAGAUCAACUCUUUGGUAGCAGCAAGGAAACACGCUUCUUGCGCUGAAUCUGAUGGAAGUCGUUCCCGUUUGAGCCCCAUCUCCACGAGUUUGAGAUAUUACUCUUCAGUUGACGCGAAUAAUGUUGUACAUUCACCUUUCCCACCGUUCGAACCAAGGAAUGAAACCAUACACGAGUUUCUAUGGAAGGAUAUCGAGUCCGUCCAGCAAUUCCCACUCAUAGUAGAUGCAGAGAACGGGCGAGGUUACAGCUACGGCGGCGCUCGAGCCGUGAGUGAAAAAUUUGCGGCUGCCCUCGUGAAAAGUGGCUUCAAGCCCGGAGAUGUGCUCACCAUCGUCUUACCGAACAUGCCAGAAUAUCCGCUCAUCGUCUUGGGAGCUCUCGAGGCUGGGCUCAUUGUCUCCACCGCAAAUCCGCUUUACACCGAGCACGAAAUAAGUCAUCAGCUGGAAAAUUCGGAGGCUCGGUGCAUAGUUACGCUGCCCUCGGUGGUACCAACUUGCAAGAAAGCUUUAGCUCUUGUAAAGAAAGACGUCCCAAUAAUCACGGUAAGCUACGGGUCAGAGCGGGCCUCCGGGACUUGGGACUUCCAGGACAUGAUCUCCGGGAAUGUGGACACAUCCCUGAUCCCUCGUGAGGCACGCAAGAGCGAGGACGUAGCUCUUCUACUAUACUCAAGCGGCACAACGGGACUGAGUAAGGGCGUUGCUCUUACGCACAAAAACAUCGUAUCCAACAUCGAGAUGUGUCGCGUGCCCGGUCUUCCUCGAUUCAGUACGCCCUCCGCUGAAUAUCAAGAUGUCCUCAUGGCUGUGGUACCUUUUUUCCACAGCACUGGGUUGACCUGCAGUUUGCUCAACGGGAUAGCCAACUACGGUAAAUUUGUCUCAUUCUCCAAGUUUGAUCCAGUCUCGUAUUUAAAAGGCCUCAAGAACCAAAAACCAAGGUCAGUUACGUGUGUUUGCGCUCCACCCUUAACUUUAUUCUUGGGAGCUCACCCCGCAGUAACGCCGGAGCAUCUGGAAUCCGUCAGGUACAUUUUCAACGGAGCAGGGCCGGUUGGUCAGACCGAUAUUGAAAAAUUGAUCGCGAAAAGACCAAAGAAGGAUGGUUUUAAAUUCUUUAAUGCUUAUGGGUUGACUGAAACCUCACCGGUCGUCUUUCUACCCAAAGAGACAACCGCCUCUCUGGUGACAGUUGGAUCGCCUGUGUCUGGUUCUCAGGUCCGGGUGGUUGACGAAACGGGGAAGAAUCUUGGACCCAAUGAAAAAGGAGAACUGUACGUCAAGGGCCCACAUGUGAUGAAAGGCUACCACAAAAACGAGGCUGCAACCAAGGAGGCGUUCGCCGAAGAUGGUUGGUUUCGGACGGGAGACAUGGUUUACUACGACGAAAACUGUGAAUUCUACAUUGUUGAGCGGCUCAAGGAGCUCAUCAAAGUCAAAGGUUUUCAGGUGCCUCCGGCGGAAUUGGAGUCCUUGCUAAGGAGUCACCCAGACGUCUCGGAGGCGGCCGUUGUAGGAGCACCGGAUGAGAGAGCCGGGGAGAGGCCGGUUGCAUUCAUCGUCCCGAAACCGGGGUGCAAGCCCGACCACGAAGACGUCAAGGAAUUCGUGAGCAAGCACGUAGCAGAGUACAAGUGGAUCAAAGAGAUAAAGCAAGUCGAGGCCAUCCCUAAGAACCUGUCAGGGAAAAUCUUGAGGAGGCAGUUGAAAGAGGAGUAUUUGGGCAAGAGCUCAAAAAUGGCGGGCGUUUUAAAUCGAAGACUCAUCUUAGUGACUACUGACAUCUGUAAAAACCAAGCGAGACGGCAACUUCACUCCCAAAAUGUAGUAAAGAAACCUAAUCGUGAAGUUUUUAGGUUAAGUAAAGACCUAAAACUUUGCCAAGCAUGGAUGAGAUAUGCCUCCACGUCCAGUGAUAAUAUCGUAAAAUCACCAGUUCCGGAUAUAGCAAUCUUGGAAGAUACGAUCCCUGAAUAUGUGUGGAAAAAUGUGAACAAAUGGUCCAACCACAAAGCGCUGACUUGCGGUGUGACGGGUCGGAGCUACACCUACAGCCAAGCAAGAGAUCUGAGUCGGCGGUUCGCGAAGGCCCUCCUGAAAAGCGGCCUGAAACCGGGGGAUGUCCUGGCGAUCAUGCUCCCCAACAUCCCCGAAUUCCCGUUGAUCCUCCUCGGCGCUCUCGAGGCUGGCAUCCUCGUCUCUACGGUCAAUCCAAUUUACACCAAACACGAAAUACUCCACCAACUGAAGACGAGCGGGACGAAGUGCAUGGUGACCCUGCCGUCCCUGCUGCCGACGGUGAAGGAAGUGGCGGCUCGCCUGGGUUCCGCGAUGCCGAUCAUCACGGUGUCCUACGACGAGGGGCGCGGGGGCGGGGCGGGGAGCUGGGACUUCGGGGACAUGGUCAAGACGGAUCUGGACGUGGACGUGAGGAAGGCGAGUGGGGCGGACGACGUGGCCUGCCUGCCCUUCUCCAGCGGGACGACCGGGCUCAGCAAAGGUGUCGCGCUCACGCACCGCAACAUCGUCACCAACAUAGAACAGAUUCUGGCAGAGCCCGUCAAUCAUCUCAUGGAUACCACCUCAGAACAUCAAGAUGUGCUACCCACAGUUCUGCCAUUUUUCCACAUCUACGCGUUGACGACAAGUAUGUUUCGUGGUCUUGCCAGGGGUCUGCACGUGGUCACUGUACCAAAAUUUGACCCUCAAGUGUACUUGAAAAUUCUCACCGAUCAAAAACCACAGACUUGUGUGUGUUACUGCGCUCCUCCUUUGAUCUUGUUCUUCGGAUCUCACCCUAUGGUCACGACUGAAAUUCUGAAAGCAGUUCGCGUCACUGUUAAUGGUGCUGGGCCAGUAGGAAUCGGAGACAUUGAAAGGUUGCUCAAUAAAGUGCCAAACCGAAAGGAAUUCAUUUUUAUAAACGCGUACGGCCUGACUGAGACGUCACCUGUUGUAUUUGCUCCAAUAUUCCGGGAAGAGUUUGAACUCAUAUCUGUCGGAGUGCCAAUGCCUAACACACGAAUCAGAGUAGUUGAUACUUCAGGGAAGAAUCUCGGCCCACGGGAACAAGGCGAAAUAUUAGUCAACGGACCUCAAGUGAUGAAAGGUUAUCAUAAAAAUGAGGAGGCAACUGCUAAUGCUUUUGAUGGUGAGUGGUUCAAAACUGGCGAUGUGGGCUACUACGAUGAGCAGAAAAAUUUUUACAUUGUGGAGCGACUCAAGGAACUGAUAAAAGUCAAAGGAUUCCAGGUGCCACCAGCAGAGUUAGAGGCUGUGCUCAGAAGUCACCCUAAUGUGUUGGAUGCUGGGGUCAUAGGUGUUCCAGAUGAGCGAACAGGAGAAAAGCCUGUUGCAUUUCUAGUUCCUAAACCAGGGGCUCAAAUAGAAAUAGAUCAAGUCAAAGAAUUUGUCGCUGAACAAGUUGCGCCGUACAAACAAUUGGGUGGGGUUAUUGUCACUGAUGCAAUUCCCAAAAACCCGUCCGGAAAAAUAUUGAGAAGACUUUUGAAAGAACAGUACUCGAAGGGACAAUAAAAUCAAUGGAAGUAGCUCGGAAGAGUGUGAUGAGAAAAAUAUGACUAAUUAUUGUAUUAUAACUGUCUACAUAAGACUUUGUUAACGCUUGAUAGCUGUUCCCAUAAUCAUAUAACAUUCCGUUUCAUCUUUACACAGUUAUUUUCUUAUUUAAGAAGAGUUUUUCAAGAACUUUCACAGGUGAAUGUUCCUCACUCUACACAUCCCUGGCAUCAAAUUGUAAGGUACCAAGUUUACUAAGUUUGCGAAGGAAAAUUGGAAAAUGAAUGCUAGGUAUGUUUCUGACAUGCCAACACCAUAGAAAGAAUAAAAAAAAUUAAAGUGAUCAAAGCUUUCUUGAAAUUGAAAAAAAAAGGAUUUGCAAUCAUUCAAAUGUUUUGAAAAUACAAACUUCAUGAUGACUAAAUAAAGACAAGUGACAUUUAAAAUGAAA